AUGCGGCCAGAGGAGACUCUUCAGUCUCCCCCCGGCAGCGGGGGCUGCGAGACUUCCUUUGGAAGUCCCCAGGGGCCCCUGGGGCCCCCGGGGGGCCCCCUGCCCCGGAUUGCUGUGGUGGUGAGGAAGAGGCCCCUGAGUGCCCUGGAGGAAAUGAGGAGAGAAACAGACCUUGUGAGAGUGAAGGGGGGGCAGACAGUUGUGUUGGAGGAGCCCAGGGAAAAGGUCGACCUGACUCCGUACGUGCUGCGGCACGAGUUUCGGGUGGACCGGGCGUUUGACGAGUUUGCUUCGAACUCUGAGGUGUACAGACAGGUUGUGGGGCCCCUCGUGGUUUGCUGCUGCAGCGCAGCAGCAAACUGUUCUUUCUUCGCUUACGGCCAAACUGGCAGCGGCAAGACCUACACCAUGCUCGGGCCCCAGGCCUCCAGCAGCGCCAGCCAGCCCCCCGAGCACCAGGGCAUUUUUGCAUUGGCCGCGCGGGACAUUUUUUCUUAUUUAAGCGAAGAGGAAAACAAAAGAACAGUUCAUGUUUCUUUUUUUGAAAUCUACAACGGCAGACUCUUCGACCUUCUGCAAGACAGGAAGCUUGUUGCUGCCCUUGAGAACGGCAAGAAGGAAGUCAUAGUAAAAGACUUGCGAGAAGACGAGGUCUCCACAGAAGACGAGUUGCUGCGGCGAAUUGUUGGGGGCAUGGAGCUGCGUCGGAUUGGCGCGAACUCUGUGAACGACGAGUCCUCGCGGUCUCACGCAGUGCUGCAAAUUCACCUGCGGAACAAACAGGGAAAAGUGGCAGGUGGGGCCCUGCGCAGAUCAGCAGCAGCAGCAGCAGCAGCAGCAGCAGGGGGCCCCCAGAUGAGCUCCCCCGGGGCCCCAUGCGGCGCAGCUGGUGCAGGGGCCCCCCCAGGGGCCCCUGCAGGGGCAUGCAGCGGGUCCCCUGCUGCUUCCAGCACUAGCAGUGGACCUCGGGGGGCCCUCACUGGGGGCCCUGCCGCUUGGGGGCCCCCCAAUGAACCCCCUAAUGGGGCCCCAAGCGGGGCCCCCAAUGGGGCCCCAAGUGGGGCCCCUAAUGGGGCUUCUAGUGGGUCUCCUGAAGCCGCUCCUGGAGGGGCCCCCGAGGGGCCCCGCGGGGGGCCCCCCCGGGGCCCCCCAGGGGGGCCCCCAAGGGGGCCCCCAGGGGAGAGGGGCCCCCGGAAGUGCCUGCGUUGCGGGAGUCCGCGGGUGUGCAUGGCCCGGGUGGGAGGGGGGGGGCCCCGCUGCAAAGAAUGUUUUUGCAAAGAGUUUGAAGAAGAAGUUUGGAGGUUUAUAGUUGAAGAGAAUUUGCUGCCAGAGGGGAGUCGGGUGUGCGUGUGCGUGUCUGGGGGCAAGGACAGCGCGGUGCUGCUGCACGUGCUGCAGCAGCUGCAGCAGCAGCAGCAGCAGCAGUGGCAGCUGCUGCUGCUGGCCGUCGACGAAGGCAUUCAGGGCUACAGAGAUAAAGCCCUUCUCACUGUAAAGGCCUUUGCCAGCCGCUACAAACUUCCCCUCAAAGUCCUUUCUUACAAAGACCUCUACAAGGGCUGGACCAUGGACUCCAUCCACGCCGCCCUCAACACCCAGCAGCAGCAGCAGCAGCAGCAGCAGCAGCAAGAGCAGCAGCAGCAGAAAGAGCAGCAGCAGCAGCAGCAGCAGCAAGAGCAGCAGCAGCAGAAAGAGCAGCAGCAGCAGCGGCAGGGCAGCUGCCGCAGCGCCUGCUCCUGCACCACCACCAGCCCUACCAGCACCCCCAGCACCGCCGCCAGCACCAGCAGCAGCAGCAGCAGCAGCAGCAGCAGCAGCGGGAGGGGGCCCCUGACGAGUCACUGCACGUUUUGUGGGGUCUUCAGGCGGCAGGCCUUCGAGCGGGGGGCCCUUUCUUUUGCUGCUGGCAGCAUCGCCACGGGCCACAACUUAGACGACGCAGCAGAAACUGUUUUGCUGAAUCUCCUCAGGGGGGACCACCACCGCCUCCCGGCCUCCGUUAACCCAGGCAGCAGCAGCAGCAGCAGCAGCAGCAGCAGCAGCGGCGGCGGCGGCAGCAGCAGCGGUGGCAGCGGCUGCGGCGGUGGCAGCAGCGGUAGCAGCAGCAGCAGCAGCAGCAGCGUCAGCAGCAGCAGCGACAGCAGCAGAAGCGACAGCAGCAGCAGCGGCGGCAGCAGCAGCAGCAGCAGCAGCAGCGGGAGCAGCAUUCGUCGGGUGAAGCCGCUGCUGCGCUGCUUCCAAAAGGAAAUUGUGCUGUAUGCACACUUCCGGCGGCUGGAGCACUUCGCGACGGAGUGUACGUACAGCGCAGGAGCCACGCGGGGAAAGCCCAGGGAACUUCUUGCUGCGCUGCAGUCAGUGCAGCAGCAGCAAAGAGUCCAAGACAUUGUCCGAGCUGCCUCAGCCUGGCUCACGCUGCCCCCCAGCAGCAGCAGCAGCAGCAGCAGCGGCGGCAGCGGCGGCGGCAGGGGCGGCGGCGCGGCUGGCAACGCGCUGCAGCAGCAGCAACAGCAGCAGCAGCAGCAGCAAAGUGGGGGCCUCGUUGCUUGUGAAGGGUGUGGGGCCCUGACCACCAACCGCCUCUGCCGCGCCUGCACCUUCGUGGGUUUGCUGCAGCGCAAAGCGGCCCACGCCGUCAACUUCAGCGAAAGGAAGCUAAGGGAGCUGCAGCAGCAGCAGCAGCAGCAGCAGCAGCGGGAAGUUACUGGCGACGCGUAG